AUGGGAGAUAAUAAUAGCAACAUGCUCAUUUAUCAACGCGAUGACCAAAACGACAAGAUACUGGACUUCGACAUUCGUGGUCUACACGUGGAAAGAGUCGUGUAUAACAAACACGUGCCAAACCUUAAGGAACAGCUGGUAACCCAGAUCAUCGACUCAAAAGGCGACUUAAAAGGACUUAAUAGGCUUGUUAAGGACGCAGUAGAUUUCACUUUGUUAUCGUAUCCAAACGUGGAGGACCAUAAUGCUUUAUUGGGAGUGGUUAUGUGGAACUUAUUCGGUUUCUUUCUGGAUGAUUUCCUGGAUGGUCACACUACACAACAAGCGUAUUGGGUGAGAAAAUGGAAACAAAACAUAACGGUUGGCCACUCGUCUGGCACCGACUUUUUGGAUUUAUUUUUUAAUAAAUUGUGCGCACAAAUGAACAAGAUACUUUCGGAGAAAUUGAUUCGGAUGCACAAUUCUUGGUACAUUAAAUAUCUUGAUUACUACGCUGAAACAAAAAAGGUUAAGACUGGCGAUCAUAUGUACACAAUGGCUGAGUACGAUGCACUCAGGAUAAUUGACAGCCUCUACGAUAUCAUACCAAUUUUUCUGUGCGGAUCUUCCAAGUUCGAUCCUGAUGAAUAUCCCGAAAUUGUCACUGAUGAAGCAUGGACCAUGUUCAACACGUGGGCGGCGCGACACGCCUAUUACGUGAAUGAUUUGUACUCGAGCAAAAAAGAGACCUUGCAGCAUCAGGGCAAAUUCAACCUGAUCUACGUGAUCAUGUCUAAUGACAAAUGUGAUGCUCAAACGGCAGCCGAUAAAACGGUGACAAUGAUUGCCGAGGCGUGGACCAUGGUCAUUAAGUAUGCUGAUAUGUUGAGACUACAUAAUAUACCCUUGCUACGUCAAUAUAUCACCGAUAUAAAAUGCAUGCUCAAAGGCAACCUAUACUGGUCAUCGAUUACCCCGCGUACAAACAACACUAUUUCACUAUCUGCUCUGUCGUCACCGGUAGGUCUGGCCCAUGGAUUAGCGUACGUACACUACGGGGCAUAA